GCUGAAAUGAAGUUUCUAUCUAGACUCCCAGUCUUAAAACCCACCUUUGCCCCCAAAUGGCCUUAUCAAAUCAAAAACCAAGCCUGCAGUGGAUCACCAUCUCUGGACUUCUCAGACUCUGAAGAUGUGCCUGAGUAUUUCAAUUUUGCCAAAGAUGUGCUGGAUAAAUGGGCCCAAAAAGAGAAGGAUGGGAGAAGGCCUUCCAACCCGGCUCUCUGGUGGGUGAAUGACAAGGACGAGGAGGUGCGCUGGAGCUUUGAGGAGCUGGGCUUCCACUCCAGGAAAGUGGCCAAUGUGCUCUCAGAAGUAUGCGGCCUGGACAAAGGGGAUGGGCUCCUACUGAUUCUCCCAAGGGUCCCAGAAUGGUGGAUGAUCUCAGUGGGCUGCAUGCGGACGGGCAUUGUCUCUAUUCCAGCAACGAUCCAGCUGACAUCUAAAGACAUCCUAUACAGGCUCCAAGCUUCAAAGGCCAAAUGCAUCAUCACAAACGAUGCCUUGGCUCCAUCAGUAGACUCUAUUGCAUCUGAAUGCGACUCACUGAAGAGCCGAGUCUUGGUCUCCAAAGGCAGUAGGAGAGAAGGAUGGCUGGACUUCCAUGACCUUGUGGCAGCUGCAUCUGAUAAUCAUCAGCCUGUUAAAACCAAGAGUCAAGACCCAGUGAGCUUCUUUUUUACGAGCGGCACAACGGGCUAUCCCAAAAUGGUGAAACAGUCCUGUAGUAAUAUGGGGAUUGGAAUGAGACACAUUGGAAGGACCUGGAUGAAUCUGAAUCCUUCAAGAAUGACAUGGGCUUUGUCUGAUACAGGCUGGAUCAAGUUUCAGUUUGGCGGUUUGUAUGCUUCCUGGAAUCAAGGGGCUUGCGUGUUUGCACACGGCAAAAAACAGUUUGACUCACUGGAGGUUCUAAAUUGUCUCUCCAAGUAUCCAGUGACAACCUUCUGUGGCACACCAACACUUUUCCGCAUGCUGUUGCAGCAUGAUGUUAGGAGAUAUAAGUUCAAGAGCCUGCUGACUUGCUUGAGCGGCGGGGAACCCCUGCCCCCCGAAGUGAUGGCCCAAUGGAAAGCUCAGACAGGAAUGGAGAUCCACGAAGGCUACGCCCAGACAGAGACUACCUUGGUGUGUGCCACCACAAUUGAUAUGAAAGUUAAACCUGGAUUCGUAGGAAAGGCCCACCCACCCUAUGAUGUGCAGAUAAUAGACGAACACAGCAACAUCUUGCCUCCAGGAAAAGAAGGAGACAUUGGCAUUAGAAUCAAACCCAAAAGGCCUUUGGGUCUCUUCCUUGGUUAUGAGGAUGAUCCCCAGAAAACUGCCUCCACCGAACGCGGAGACUUCUACGUUACUGGGGACAGAGGGGUAAUGGCUGAAGAUGGCUACAUCCACUUUGUUGCAAGAGCUGAUGAUGUUAUCUUAUCUGCUGGGUAUCGCAUUGGGCCAUUUGAAGUGGAAAAUGCUUUAAUGGGGCACCCAGCCGUGGCAGAAGCAGCCGUGGUCAGUAGCCCAGAUCUCAUCAGAGGAGAGGUGGUGAAAGCCUUCAUCGUUCUGUCCCCUGCCUACGAGUCGCAUGAUAAAGACAAAUUAAUUAUUGAACUCCAAAAUCAUGUCAAGGGAACAACCGCUCCAUACAAGUAUCCCAGAAAGAUAGAGUUUGUUCGAAACCUGCCCAAGACCAUUUCUGGAAAAGUCCAAAGGAAAAAAUUGAGAAAUAAAGAAUGGGAGAAGUCUCGCUGAUACUCACAAGCAAA